UUUUUUUCCUCAUGCAGCACCCAAUGUUUCUCAGAGAGAACAUUUCCUUGUCGAGAGUACUGAAGAAAACAUGGGGAAGAUUGAGUGGGCUAUGUGGGCCAAUGAGCAGGCUCUGGCUGCUGGACUCAUUCUCCUCACUGGAGGCAUUGUGGGCGUAGCUGGACUGUUCAGAGGGUGGCAGUUUGCAGCUUAUGCUGUUGCAGCUGGCGUGUUUGUGUGUCUGCUUGAGUACCCAAGAAGCAGGAGGGCCAAAGGCACUGGUGUGGAAAGGAAGGGCCAGUACUGUUUUACUUUGUGUGUGAAAGCAUUUGGACCCCUGACAAGGAACUACUAUGUCAGAGCCUUUCUACAUGCUGCGCUGUGUGUUCCGGCUGGUUUUAUGCUAGCUACUGUCCUAGGAUGUGUCUGCCUCGGAAUCGCCAGCCUCAUCUACCUUUCAGCGGCCAUUCAUGGUGAACACUGGGAGCCCAUUCUCCCAAGGAAAGAAGUCAGGAGACCAGCUCCAAGCAUUAAGAAUCCACCUCAGAAUCCUCCACCAAGACCGCCACCAGAGAUGCGCAGGAAAACUUUUGAUGACCUGGACGACGCCUCUUAUGACAAUCCCAUGUCUGUCAUUGAUGAGAAGUAACCUGACCUGUUUGACUUCUCCAUUCUGUGGUUUUGCUCAAAUGGAGAGGUUUCAUUAACUUUAUGUCUUUGGUAAGUGUUGUUGUUUAGAGCGACGGUUGGUGAAAUUAAUGUAUUAUUUUAUGUGUGGGAAAAUAUGUCACAUACUGGACUUUGCAACUGCAUAGUGGCAAUCACAUACGAUUAAUAUAAACGUGUGUUUACGCCUGUGAUCAAAGUUUCCUGCUGCAUCUGCUAUAUCCGUUCACUGUAAUACAUCUGUAUACAGCAAUACACUCGGUCUUUGACCUUUGGUUUUUUUCCCCUGUUGAACACUGAUAUAGGUCAUUUUUAAAAAAUGUUAUGUUUAGAUUUUUUUUCCUUAAUGUAAAUAAAUUAUCUUUGUCAGGUCUA